UAUUUUUGCAGCAUCGUCAUUAGGAGUAAACAAUUUUGGAUGUGCGCGUAAACAAAAAUUCAAAAUUUAAUUACGGUAACCGUAAAUAUAAAUAUAAAUUAUCAUAUAUCAUCAUCAUCACUUUCAAUUCAUACAUCAGAUAAUACAGAAUAGACAAGAAAGAUGUACUUUUCCAAAUCACAUUUCAAACCAGAUGGGAAAGUCGCUGUUAUAAUUGGUGGAUCUCAAGGGGUUGGAGCUGAUUUAGCUCUUAAAUUAUAUUCUCAAAAUUGUUCAGUGGUAUUAGUAGCUAGAACUAUGCGUAAUUUACAAAACCAAGCUACUAGGAUAAAACAAACAGUGGGUCAUUCAAAGACUUGUAAAUUGGUUUGUCUUCCUUGUGAUGUUUCUAAAUAUGAAGAUACCGUUAAACUCUGGCAAGAAAUCAUUAUUAAUCGAAAAUUAGAUCCUGAUUUUAUCUUUUGUUGUGCUGGUUCAUCAAUUCCAAAAUUAUUUGAAGAUUUAACAGGUAAUGAUAUAUCAGCUGGGAUAUCCAUUAACUAUAAUACAUGUGUUAAUGCUACUCAUACAGCUUUUAAACAAAUCUUAGCUUCUAAUUCAAAAGUUGCUCGUAAAGAUUUCAAAUCAAGACAUAUUAUAUUUUUUUCAUCUGUGGUUAGUUUUUAUCCAUUUAUAGGUUAUGUUCAAUAUGCUCCUUUAAAGGCAGCUGUACAAUCCUUAUCAAUCAUUCUUCGUCAAGAAUUAGGUCCAUAUAAUUUCAGAAUCUCAUGUGUAUUUCCUGGAAAUUUACAAUCAGAAGGGUAUGAAGAAGAACAAAAGACUAAACCUGAAAUCACAAAGACCAUUGAAGGCUCAAGUGUAGCUAUUCCAGGUGAAGAAUGUGCUGAAUUGAUUCUUGAUCAAUUAAGUAAAGGAUAUGAUACAGUUACUACUGAUUUCAUUGGUUGGGUAUUGGGAUGCUCUGUAUUAGGGGUUUUACCUCGAAAUUGGUCAAUUUUUCAAAUUUUAAUUAGUUUUAUAUUUCUGAUUAUUGCUCCGUUAGCUAAUUGGGUUGUAUAUAGAGAUAUCAUUGCCUUCUUUGAAAAGAAAGAUGCUUCAACUGAUUCAAAAAAAAAAGAUUAACUUCAACGUCUUAAUGAAUAAACUACAAUGUUUAUAGAUUGUUAUAAAUA